GAAAAUGAACGCAAGUGGAUGGCUUACUCACGGUGGUCCAAAGAAUCGGGUCCUCUCGUCACACUGUCCACGGCACCACACCCAAUGAUGGUUGUCAGCGGACGCACAGUAAUCCGAGAUCUUCUGAUAGGAAAGAAAUCGUUUUGUUGCAGGCCACGCAUACCUAUGGCCGAGCUCAUGGGUAGACAAAACAAUGUUGGCUUCACGUACUACGGAAAGCGACUCAUCGCGAUGCGAACCCUGCUUCACUCCGCCCUUAGCCUGACUGAAGUUACUUCCACGUGGAUGGAACUCAUCAACUACCAGGCGGAUGAUCUUUGUAGAGAUUUCAUUGUGUCUCCGGAACGGUUCUACGGUCAUGUUGAAGCCAAUAUACAGAAACUCAUCGGACGCUUUACUUACGGCCACGAGCCAAGUCCCGAGUAUCUACAAAUGGCGGCCCAGGUGUCGCGACACACUGGGAAAGCUGUGGAGGCAGGCCGAUGGGCCGUGAACAGUAUUCCAGCUCGUACGUUCCAUCACAUUGUUAUGUGGGUACCGGCAUGGAUGCCCGGUGCUGGUUUCAAAAGAUACGCCAUUGAUGCAAGAAAGCUGUUCACGCGCCUGCUCAAUGAAUCUGUUGCGCUCGUAAAACAGAGAAUAGACCAAAAUGAAGCGGACACGUCCUUUGUUAAACAAUCUCUGACCAACAUCUCGCUAUAUCCAUCAUGUAUCGAUGAGUCACUUGUUAUAUCUUCCGCGGGGAGCUUGUUUAGUGGUAUGACACUGUUGUCAGGUACAAUUCUUUCCUUUAUCGUCCUCAUGGCAAACCAUGAAGAUUUCCAAGACCGUGCAUAUGCAGAAAUUCUGUCUGUUGUCGGCACAGAUAGGUUUCCAAAUUGUCGAGACCGCCCAUCGCUCAUAUUUGUGGAUGCACUUAUCCGAGAAGUAUACCGAUUCAAUCCUAUCGUACCCGUGAUACACCGUAGCAACUACGAAGAGGAGGAAUAUGAAGAACAUUUUAUUCCCAAGAAGACUUGGAUCCUCGUCAACCUGUGGUCGAUUUUACAUGAUCCUAACGUCUAUCCAUCGCCAGAAACAUUCUGUCCCGAACGUUUUCUCAACUCCGAUAAAGACAUCAAUCCCGAUCCCCGCUCUUUUGUUUAUGGUUUUGGACGAAGAAGGUGUCCCGCAGUGGAUUUCGCGGAUACAACACUUUUUAUUACCAUAACUCGCCUUCUGAUGGUCUUCAAAAUUUCCCCGGAGAUCGUUGAUGGGAUUGCAUACCCGCCCCUGCUGGAGAUUAUGGAAGGAUUUACUCCGUAA